CGCGUUCGCAGCACGAGUUCCGGGUUCCUCUCCGGCAGAAAAGCUGCUCGCGCGGAACUAUGUCGCUUCUCCUGGAGAACCGAUUCAGAGACCUGCCGCCCGACAAGGCGAUAGACACCAACUUGUUCCUGGAGUCGGUCUCGCACAUUCCGUCGUUUUUCGACUGCUUGGGAUCAAACGUAUUUUCAAUCAUCAAAUCGGACAUUAAUGGCAACAUACAGAAAAUUCGAGGGGUGUAUCUGAAGGAUCCUGCGAAGUACGUCACCCUGCAGGACAUCGUGGAGGCAGAGCGAGAAGCCCACUCGGCAGAAUGGCCCAAAGUCGGAGCAACCUUGGCUCUGAUGUGGCUGAAAAGGGGUCUCCGUUUCAUACAGGUCCUGCUGCAGAGUUUGGCGGAUGGAGAGAUGGACGAGAACAACCCCAACCAUAUUCGGGUGAAUGUCACCAAAGCAUAUGAACAGGCACUGAAGAAAUAUCAUGGCUGGGUAGUUCAGAAGAUAUUCAACGUAGCGUUACACGCGGCUCCUUACAAGUCCAACUUCCUCAAAGCUCUGUCCAAAGGAGAGGAAGUAAAAGAGGAGGACUGCUUGGCAAACGUGCGCCAGUUCCUCGGUAAUUACACGGCCACCGUGGACGCCAUCUACGAUAUGUACACCAAUCUGAACGCGGAGCUGGACUACACCGUUUGACACCCGGUAAACCUCUCCGGCUUUUAAUACGAUUGUUUUUUUUCUCUGCAGCGUGAUAUUUAUUACUUUGAUUUUUUUAUCUUACUAAAUAUUACUGCUAUUCUACUGUACAUUUGGUCUUCAAAAAAUGAAAUGGCCUUAAAAUCAAACAUUUUAGGUGAUUAUGUUUUGUGAUCUAAUAUAUUGUGCAAAAAGAUGGUAUUUUGUGGGUUGGGGCUUUUAUUUAUGACAUUAACAGGUGUAUUUGAACCUGUCAAGUGAAGAAUACACAACUGUGAACAGGUUCUCGUUGUGAUGUUUUCUGGCUCCUGAGCCCUGGAGUUUCCUCCUGAAUCAGCAACAGGAGUAUAUAAAAAAAAAUAAUAAGAAUAAGAAUAAUCAUUUCAAUUGUGCAUUAAUCCACUAGUGCCUUGUUUGACCUGUACAAAUAAACAAUGUUUUCAAUCAA